CUAAACCUCAAAAGAAAAAAAAAAAAGAAGAAGAAGAAGAGGAGCUAAAAACGACGUCGUAGAAGGAGAUUCUUGCCAUGGCCACACAUAGUCUCUCCUUCUUCUUCAGAGUUCUUCUCCUCCUCUUCCUUACUCUCUCAGAGAGAACUAAAGGGCAAGGUGUGGGAAUCAACUACGGCCAAAUUGCUAACAACCUCCCAUCUCCGGCGAGAGUUGCCGUACUUCUCCGAUCACUAAACAUCACAAGAGUAAAACUCUACGACGCAGAUCCAAACGUUCUCUUCUCCUUCUCAAACUCACAAGUCGAUUUCAUGAUCGGUUUAGGCAACGAGUAUCUUCAAAACAUGUCAACAGAUCCAACCAAAGCUCAAGAUUGGUUACAACAAAGACUUGAACCACAUAUCUCAAAAACUCGAAUAACUUCAAUCGUUGUCGGAAACGAAAUCUUCAAGACCAAUGAUCAUGUCCUCAUCGAAAACCUUUUACCGGCUAUGAAAUCGGUUUACGCUGCUUUAACCAAUCUUGGUUUAGAGAAACAAGUAACGGUUACUUCAGCUCAUUCUUUAGACAUUCUUUCAACUUCUUAUCCUCCUUCUUCAGGAUCAUUCAAAGAAGAGUUUAUUCAAUAUCUUCAACCACUUCUUGAUUUUCAUUCUCAAAUCAAAUCACCUUUCUUGAUUAAUGCUUACCCUUUCUUUGCUUAUAAAGAUAGUCCUAAAGAAGUUCCAUUAGAGUAUGUUUUGUUUCAACCUAAUCAAGGUAUGGUUGAUCCAAAUACUAAUCUUCAUUAUGAUAACAUGUUGUUUGCUCAAGUUGAUGCACUUUACUCUGCCAUUAAAACUUUGGGACAUACCGAUAUCGAGGUUCGGAUAUCGGAAACCGGUUGGCCUUCUAAAGGAGAUGAGAAUGAGAUCGGAGCUUCGCCGGAGAACGCGGCGUUGUAUAAUGGGAACUUGUUGAAGUUGAUUCAGCAGAGGAAAGGAACUCCGGCGAAGCAAUCUGUUCCUAUUGAUGUUUAUGUGUUUGCUCUGUUUAAUGAGAAUCUUAAACCGGGUCCGGUUUCUGAGAGGAAUUAUGGACUUUUUUACCCGGAUGGUAAACCGGUUUACAAUGUCGGUAUGCAGGGUUAUUUACCUGAUAUUAUCUACACUUCAAGGGCAACUACAAUCAAGAUUUUGAAUUUGUGGAGAGCCGUGAUGAGUUUGGUUGUGGCUUGGUUUAUACUCGAUAUGGGCGUCAAGAUGAGGAUGAGAUAAGCUUCGCUUGUGUCUUUGUCCUGUCCUUAUAGGUUUUUUUGUUUUAAUAUGUUAGUUGAUUAUAGGUGAGGUAUACAAUUCUUUGUCAUGUAUUGGAUUCACAAUAAUUAAAAAAAUUAAUU